AUUUUUCAAGGAACCUAGCCUUUAAUUGUUCAGAACUAUAUUGAAAGUGCUAAUCCUACAUUUCUCUUGAAUUGUAUUUCGUAAAAUGGAUGUCAAUUCAUAUUCAGGAAACGACCAACUCAUUCAUGAUGAUCUCAACGUUCAGCAGAUAGACGCUGACGAAGAUUUGCUUGAGGACUUUCCUGAUGAUAUAGAGGUGAUUGAUUUGGUGCAAUCGAGAAUCACCAGUAUUAAAGCCUUAGGACUCGAAAGAUUCCAUCAACUUGACAGUCUAUGUCUCAGACAAAACCAAAUAAGGAAAAUUGAAUGUUUACCAAAGACUCUUACGGAAUUAGAUUUAUACGACAAUCUGCUUCGUCACAUUGAAAACUUGGACGAGCAAGUUCACCUAAAGAAUCUCGAUUUGUCAUUCAAUAAUAUAAAAAAAAUUGAAAAUGUAAACCAUUUGAAAGAGCUAGAAAAUUUAUAUUUCGUUCAGAACCGAAUUCGCAAAAUCGAAAACUUGGAGGGAUUAACUAAGCUCGAGAAUCUGGAAUUGGGUGGAAAUAACAUUCGUAAUAUUGAAAACUUAGACACGUUAACAAACAUAGAAAAGCUUUGGCUUGGUAAAAAUAAGAUUACCAAGUUGGAAAACCUGGAAAACCUUCAGCGACUUUCUCUUUUAUCAAUUCAGGCCAAUAGAAUCACCAGGUUUGAGAAUUUAAAUUGUUUAUCUCAUUGUCUUCGUGAGUUGUACAUUUCACACAACGGUCUUACAUCUUUUGAAGGCAUUGAAGCUCUGGAAAACUUAGAAGUGCUUGAUGUCUCUAAUAACUAUAUUAAGCAUCUUUCUCAUUUGAAAGGAUUGAAAAAUUUGCAAGAAUUCUGGGCAAGUAACAAUGAGUUUGAUUCGUUCCAGGAAAUUGAGGACGAACUCGGUGGAUUAGAGAAACUUGAGACCGUCUACUUUGAAGGCAAUCCACUUCAGAAAUCGAAUCCUGCUCUAUAUAGAAACAAAAUUCGACUUUGUUUACCUAAGCUUCUUCAAAUUGAUGCUACACCCACACGGUAAUUACUACUUGAGUUUUUUUUUUCUUUUCGUCGUUUAUAUUUUCGGUCUACUGUAAGACUGUCGCCACCUACUAAGGAUAUGCCUUUUUCCUUGUGUCUCAUCGUUUUAAAGUUAAUAUAUUAUGAUCAUAUAAGCAUCGUUUCUAGAUGCUUCAAUGAAAUAGUGCCAAACAUAGAGAUGAGUGGACUAUUUAUAAAACAAAGCAUGCUAUUGAAAAUACUUUUUAGAUAUUAGAAAGUCAAUGAAUUAGAUGUUUUGGCCACCCAUUUCAAGAAAAAAAUCAGACCUAAGCUUACAAAAGUGAGCUUCUUUAUGAGGCUCCAUGUCGAAUAAAUAAAUAAGCAAUUCACAUAGUCUAUUCAAUCCCUAAUAUACUAAAAAAUAACCAUUCUUUU